ACGUGUACGUAAUGGGACUUCUCACCGGAUUAUGUUUCAGAAAAAAAGAAUCAAUAGAUAUUACAGAUCCAAAACGGGGAAAGAGUCAUCAUGAUGUAAAUGAUGAAGCUAGAGACAUACAGGAAGGUGAAAAUAAAGAUGAUCGUGGACAGUGGGGCAAUAAGGCAGAGUUUAUGCUGUCCUGCAUAGGAUUAUCUGUUGGACUUGGUAACGUUUGGAGAUUCCCCUAUUUGGCGUUCAAACAUGGAGGCGCGGCCUUUCUCAUUGCUUAUCUGGUGCUUCAGCUUUUGAUUGGUAAACCAAUGUAUUUUAUGGAAUUAGUAAUGGGACAAUACUCAGCAAAGGGUCCAACAGGUGUUUGGGAAAUGAAUCCAAGCGCAAAAGGAAUUGGAAUCUCUAUGGCUAUGAUCUCCCUCUUUGUUGCCAUUUAUUACAACGUCAUCAUGGCAUAUACAUUAUUUUAUUUCUUCGCCUCGAUGCAAUCAAAAUUACCAUGGUCUAGCUGUGAUAGUGUGAGUAUCAUUCCUUCUUUGGAGCUAUUUGUGGUCGACGGAUACCAUCCAGGUUGUAGCACCAUCUUCAAAUUUAAUUCUUGUUUUGUUUCGUCUCUAAUUCUUUAUUUCAAUUCCUCGGUAAUAUCCUGAUAUUAAAAGAAAUUUAC